GACUCAGUACUUAGUUUGUGCUCACUGCUGAAGACUAUUUACCGGAUUUUCCUCUUCCAUGCCACUAAGAUGGACGAGGAGGAGGCAUACAUACUUCUGCUGCUGUCCGACGGUAACCUACCUACAGGUUCCUUCGUAGCAUCGGCAGGCCUUGAGUCGUAUGCCACUCAUGGCUUUCUUACGGCCGGAGGCCCCUCAGGCAGCAUCAACGACAAACUCCUUGCUAUUACUGAAUUUGUGCGAGAUAGUGUAAUGACAUAUGCGCGCAGCGCCGUACCAUUCUUGUCGGAUGCGCACAGAGAGGUCCAAAGACACCUCGAUGCAGCUCCCGUGGACCAGGAUGCUGAAUCCACACUGCGCAUUCUUGUCGCUUUGGAUGACCUCUAUGAAGCUACGACACUCAACCACGUUGCACGCCGUGCUUCACGAUCACAAGGCGUUGCGCUCCUCACUCUGUAUUCCAAAGGAUUUUCUCAGCCGCCGCUCCCCGAUCAACCGUCUUCCGACAUCGACGCCAGAGCUGGAGUGGCUUCCACGCUCAUUGAUAAACUGAAACUAGUGGUCCGCCGAGAAGACACACCUGGUCAUUUACCAAUAUGCUGGGGCGUUCUCACUGCUGCUUUGGGUCUUUCCGUCGAACGAAGUCAAUUUCUGCACCUCUUCUUGCAUGCCAGAGGUUCGCUCUCUGCUGCAGUGCGUAUGAACGUCAUUGGACCAUAUGCCGCUCAACAGCUACUUCUACAUACCAUACGUCCGCUGGUCAUCGCAGAAGCGGAGCAUUGUAGACAUCUUCGCACAGGGUUGCGUCAGCUUUCAGCCGGGUCAGAUCAAGUCCCCUUGUUCGAUGAAGACGUUAUGACAGAGGGUGGGCCCGCGAUGACUUGGCCACUUGGAGAAAUCCUGGCCAGCCGUCACGACUUGCAACAUUCGCGCAUAUUCAACAGCUGACACGGACAUCAGCGAAUUUCGGGGGACUCAAGGAAAGCAUCAAUGAAGUAGUAUAUAGUGUACAACAGGCGCCUCUAUUACCUCUACGGUGCAGUAGUGAGUGCAAGUCGUGCUGAAACUUCUGCUUGUGAUCGAACAAGGUUGGCAAGGUAUGAAACCAUGAGUGCAUCCUGG